AUGAAGGUGCAUGUGUUUGGGGGAGUGUGGAGACCUUCAUGUGCAGCAUUUGCUCUACAACGAACAUUCCAGGAUCACGGAAAAUUUCUUCAUGAGGAGAUCCAGAAGGCGAGCCGCAAUUUCUACGUCGAUGAUCUACUACACUCAGUAGAAUCCCCGGGCAAGGCUACAAUUGUCAUUCAUAGGCUCAGAAAGUUGUUAAACAAGGGAGGAUUCAGGCUCACAAAAUGGUCCUGUAACCAAAAGAGGGUUCUUAAGGAAGUGCCACAGUCGGAGCAGGCCAUGGGAGUGAAGGAAAUCCUAUUAGGCGACAAGUUGCCCACGGAACGAGCGCUGGGCAUUCUGUGGGAUCUGGAAGAGGACGAAUUAGCGGUGCCAAAAAAAACAGAGACGAAGCGGGGUCUCCUAAGAGCAUGA